AUGGCAAGAGCACGAACUGCCAAACCCGAUGACGCAAGCACCGCCCCCGCCCAGGUGACAAGCCCCGACGCCGGAGCGCGUCGCAGUAGGCGAUUGAGGCAGGACGACGUCGAGAUGGGCGAACUACCGAAACCUAAGAGACCGAGGAAGAGCCAAGAGAAUGUCGAGCAGGAGCCCGAAGACCAGUAUGAGGCGGGGGGCGAAGAUGUUGCCACAAGAGAAAACAAGUCCACUCGAAGACGUCCUGGCUCGAAUCUGAGGGUACACACCCUUCGAAAAGUCGCAGAGGAUACGCAUCGUAGGACGCAGCGUGCCUCUGAGGCGAACCAGACCACGAAACGGGUGUCGAGGAGGUCGUUUGCGUUGGAGAAGCGGCGUGUUCCACCGCGGCAAGAAGAGAGCCCCGAACCAGAGCUUCAGCACCAAGAAGACAUUUACGAUGUGCCCGUGAGUCCGCCACGAGGCAGCCAGCCGAGGCCCCGCGCGUCUCAAGACGAGUCUGAAGAAACGGGAUCGAACCCUGAGGACGAGCUCUUUGUGCCGCAGGAAGAGGCCAGUGAUGCGGAUCUGUACGAGGAGCCGACGGGAGUGGGAAACGGAAACGACGAGGAGAUUUCAGAAGAGACGCCCGAAGAAGCUGAAGAACAACCUUCCCCGUCUAUCCAGAAACUCAGAGAUAUCGUCGUUGACAUGGGUCCGGCUGCGCCCGACGCUGAACCCACCGACUUCACAUACCCCGACGACCACUAUAUUUUCGCGAUGCCUACGGGCGACGAGAAGACGGCAUCAGCACCUUUCAAAACUCACACCCUCAAGUACAUGACUGAGCUGAUGAGCGGGUCUGGUUGGGCUAGAGGAAUCAAUCCACACGUCGCAGGGUCUCUGCCCAAGUCGAAAGUGAGCCGCGAGUUCUGGGAUGAUUUUGUUUUCUUGAAGAGCUUCUGGUCUGGCAUGCCACGGGCACCCUACUUUGACGAACAGUGCGACUAUUUGCACAACGACGAUUUGGCGUCUCGGGCCAAAAAGGCCAUCAAGAGGAUUGACAGCUUCGUCACCGUGACCGUCGAGCGGGCCAAGAAGACAUCCAAUGGGUUUGAAGAGCUCAUGCCCCCAAAGCCACUCACGAAAGACCUAUACGAAAAGAUUAUACCCAUGCUUAUAGCAACUCUCAACAGCGUCUUCCAGAGAGGCGUGGCCGGCAAGCAGCAAUGGCUUGGGACUUUUACGAAGUCGACUCUCCAGAUUAUGCAGAGACUGCUAGCAUGGAUUCAUCGGCUGUACGUGACCAUGAUGGAUAGUCUCGCAAAGAGGCCGCGAGACCAGACCGGGACGCAGAGAAAGAGCCGAGAAAAACUCUCUAGACACCUGGCAGACCUCAAGGUGGAAUUCAAGAACCUGGACGCAGAGCUGACGGCGGCCCCCUGGCGCAAGCGAGCUCACGACGAGAGAGUACGGCGAGCCUUGGAGGCCCAAGAGCGACAGCGUGUUCAAGAGGAGGAGAGGAGACGUUGGCAGCGAGAACUGGUUGACCGGCAAAUUGCUGAACGAUUCGCACAUCGCGCAACUGCCGCACAGCAGACUCAAGCAGCGCAGCAGACUUCGACGGCACGGCAAAAUCAGGGGCUGCAACCGGCAGCAACAUCACAAGGCACAUCGCAGCAGGACGGUACUAACGACUCCUGGUCGCUCGAAGCUGACAAGCACCUGCUCAAAAUACUGCUCAACAACCCAAAGGUUCAGCCACAGUUCCUGGCGUGGGAGUUGGACCGCAGCAUCGACGAUGUGAGAGACAGAGUGGAGGUGCUGAAGCAAGCCGCCAGGACAAACGCUGCCAACAAGGGCACGCCGCUGCCAGCGUUCGCGGCCACCUGA